GUCUAAUAGACAAUACAUUAUAGAAUGAAUAACACUUUGCACCUUUUUAAGUAUUACUUAAUUCUCAAUUCGGCCUUCAUUUUGAUUCUUCAACUAUUGGAUUUUUGUCAAUGUAGUCCAGUUCAGUUACUUACUGAUGAAAAAUGCCGCACGAUACUUGAACUUUUUCUACUUUGGCCCUUUGGUUAGUGUCAUGUGGUGAAAGAAUUUGACGGUACCAUCUGGACCACAUUGACAAGAAUUCAAUAAUUUAAAGACUAAAUUGGAAAAAAUAUAAAACUUAAUGGCCAAAAUGAGAAUUGAAUAAUACUUUAAAGGUGCAAAUUGUUGUAAUUUAACCUACGAUAUAAUAUAUCUAAUUGUUCUCUUUUGGCUGGAGGGUUGGUUGUUGAAACAUGCAGUUUGUUUUUUGUCAUGCCUUCAUCCUCUCUACCGGGCUUAGCAGCAUCUGGAGCUUCAGGCAUGCAGUGGUCAUUUUCAAACAAGGUUUCUGCAUCUCCUCAGUACCUUUCUUUUAAGGCUAAUCAAGAUGAUGGUGGACCUAGAAAAACCGGUUUUGAUUCCCUCUCCUCAACUAGAUUUAUGACUAUAUCCAGUGCAGAAGCUUUUGAAUCCAAUCACAAACUGUACUCUAGCAUCGUGCAGAAAAACUUGAAUCUGGAUAAGCAAGCGGGAACCCAUUAUACAGUGACCAGCUAUCCUCCAAAGCAAUUUGAUGCACAUUCUCGUCCCCAUGAAGCCAGGAUGCUGCCAAUGGCCAACCAAACAAACCAAAAGAUUUCCAUUAUCAGUUCUGCUAUAAACCCACAACCUCUUCGAGCAGUUCCUGUAAUAUCCUCUGUUUCAGUCGUUCCCACGAGCACUUCAGUUGUCGGUACCACUGACUUAAGGAACAGUUCUAAGCCCUCCGGGGGUCCUGCUCAGUUGACCAUCUUUUAUGCUGGUUCUGUAUGUGUUUAUGAUAAUGUAUCUCCUGAGAAGGCUCAAGCUAUCAUGUUGUUGGCUGGAAAUGGGCAUUCUUCAACUCCAAAUAAGGCAGUAGCUACAACUCAAGUGGAAGUACCGGUACCAAGGCCUUCUGGUGUUGACAAUUUCAUUGGGAACCAGUCCCGUACCACGUCCCCUUGUUUAGGUCUUCCGAGCCCUAUUUCUGGAGGAUCCAGUAGCAGCACUGCUAUAACAGCAGUGCGAGCAAUAGGAACCCUUGCAUCUACUUCUAACAAAUCAGAGCCUUCUACAGGCGUCAGUUCAAGAGCACCUGUUUCUGCUCCCCUGGUUCCAUCAGCUGUGCCUCAGGCUCGUAAAGCAUCUCUAGCUCGAUUUUUGGAGAAACGCAAGGAGAGGGCAAUGAAUGCUUCUCCAUAUGUGAGCAAACAAUCUCCAAAUUGUAGCAAUCCCGGAUUGGGUAGCCUAAGCUUCUCUAUGAACACUGAUGGCUCGUCUCCUCUUCAAGCCAUCAUUUAGAUUAUUUGCAAGGAGAACCAUCUUCAAUGAUUACUUGCAUUUUUCCAUCGUACUCUUUUGACUCCAAAUUUUAGUAUAUAUGGUUCUAGCUAGCUUCUCCUUUUGAUUUUUUCAAUUGAGAUAGGAGCUUUUAAAAUCUAAUGACAUUGAGAACACUUGUAAUUUGUUAUUUUCUAUUGUGAUGUAAAAAUUUAUUGUUUUUACAUGAUUAGUAUAUUUUUGUUUCCCUCA